UAGCAACUCGUGUCGUCAUGAUCGCACGGGAUUUCACGAGAGGAAACCAUUUCCGAUCAAAACAAAAAUGGCGCUGAACUGUCCAGAAGAAGUAGACGUCUUCAAAGUUCCACAUUCUAGAAUGAAGGAACUUGUGGACAAAUAUUUGGCCAUGGUGACAGACACAAAUUUCGCUAAUGUCCACCACAUGACAAAUCUCCUUGAAAAUCUUGUGGACGCUUUCCAAGAGUUCCGGGCCCACGAGCAAAUUGAGAACAAGUACAUAAUGAAGAAACUGAAGGCCAAACUGAAUGCUCUUUCCAUUCGAAGCUCAGCUGUAUGCAACUGUCAUUCUGAUAAUAGACUCACAGAAAUGUUAAGGCUUCUACAAGAUGGCUACCAGUGUCGAGACAAGAGCGAGGUGGACAGGGAGAAUUAUGGGAUAAAGCUGCGAUCGGCUCUGGAAGAUUUCACACGGAAGUUCAUACCUCACAUGGAAGAGGAAGAGGAGGUUUUCCAGCCAAUGUUGAUGAAGUAUUUUACCUUUGAAGAGUUGCGGUCCCUGAAAUCCAAAGUCAUCAGGAAACAUCAACAAACCAUUGAAGAAAAAUUUGAUGAAAUUGAAGAAUGUGUUUCAUCUUCUUCUGAUGAGGAUGAAAAAUGUUUGCGAGAAUCGCGUCGUGAACCUAGAGGCGUUGAAUUGCUCCCUGAUGAGGUAAUGCUGAACAUCUUUUCUUACCUUAAUCCCAAGGAGUUGUGCUUUACUGCGCAAGUGUCCAAGAGAUGGAAUGCUAUAGCCAUGGAUGGCUCAAACUGGAAAAUCAUCAGACCGGUGCAGUGGUUCCGCGGAGUCUGGUCUUGCCAAGACAGGAUGGAUGUAGAUCAAGAGGAGGCCAGCCUGGAGCAGGCAGAGUUCUAUCCCUUGGAUGUCAAAUUUGACGAGGACGCAGAUGUUGAUGAAUCUGAGGAAAGUGAUGACAUUGAUGAAAUGUCACAGCAGUGGAAGCUGGUCCAGCGGGAGUCCAGGUUAUUGACCUCAAUGGUGAAGUACCUUUUCCCCAGGGUGGGAGCCAGUGUAUCAGAAUUACACCUGGGCUACAGCAGGGGGUUAUCUAAUGGCGUGCUGUACAGGAUGCUGAGCUGUUGUCCUAACCUAGAAGUGCUGGACCUCACUCAGACCAGGGUGUCAGAUAUUGGAUUUAAAAGUAUGGGGAAAAAUAAAUGUGGUAGAAGACUGAAACAUGUUAACCUGUCUGGCUGUGUGAACAUCACCGACGUGACUUUACAGAGAAUUUCCCUCGCCCUGGGUUCUCUCACAGAGUCCAAGACUACCCCUCAGAACAAGGACUCGGACAACACUGCCUCCAUGCCAAUCAGUGAAGCGAGAGGCUGUUGUCAACAAGGCAUGUGUAGAUCCCAGCAGGAGCGCAGAAUCGGUGGUCUAGACUUUGAUUCAGUGGACCAAACUCUACGCAAUGCAUGUGAUGUUGUUGAGCGGGAGAUGAUGGCCUAUCGGUUGAUGGAAAUUUUAGAAGGAGAAAGUGUGUUCUCUCCUUUGUUGGAGCUUUCACUUCUGCCAUCUUUAAUGAGAGAUCAGCCAAGAACUAUUGAUUUUAAAAAAUGGACGAAAAAGACAUCUGGUCCCUGUGAUCAGACUUCAAAAUCUGUGGAUUCUCGGACAUUGAAUUCAUCUACAAGAGGAAAUCAAGAGUUAUUUCCCUUUCACUGUGUAACUUCAAACAGAUAUAAUAGUUCUGGGAACACCCAUCUAAGGACUAAUCUCUCAUCAGAGAGGUCUCCCAGACAAAGGACUGUCCCCUCCCUAGAGAGGGUUAGUGGUGGUGACCCUCACAGGACUAACAGCUGCGGGGGGAGGAGUGUGGUACAUGAAGUCUGUGAUAAGAGUGAUAAUGACACUCCCCAGAGGGCGCUGACGUUCCUGUCUCUAUCUGGCUGCUCACUGGUGACCGAUGAAGGCCUCAGGUUUCUAGCUGGAGAAGGGGGUCUUCCCCAUCUGGAACAUCUGGAUUUAUCCGGUUGUAUGCAGGUCACUGCAGCCGGAUUGACUGAGCUGGUCAGUGCCUGUGGGUCCCUUGACCACGCCCAUCUGUUUUACUGUGAUAACGUGGUGGACGAUCCUUACGCGCUGACGGCCAGUGGAUGUCAGAAUCUGGAGAUCAGCUCCAGGAAAUGUUGCAGGUCCGGAUUCUAACAGGUUUUCUACAGAAACUGGUGUGAUAGAAAUUACAUUGCCUUGAUGGGUGUCUUUUUUUUCAACAUAUUUGCAGUGCUAUAUGAUGUAUAUGUCUGAUGUUUUACAGUCAAUGGUGAUUUAGCAUGUUUUUUUCUAUUGAUACUACAAUUACUUGGCUCCCAUUUACCCAGUUUUUUGUUUCUGAAUCAGUUCUACAAAUUAAUAUACAAGUUUUGUUGUUUUUUUUUUCAUGUUUUUUGUAAAACUCAUUUGAUCAUUCUUUUGCAAAGUGAAGUCCCAAUGGAGAAAUACCAUAUGAUACUAAGAUCUCAUAUGACUAGCCCCUAAACCUAACAUGGUUUUGAAUUCUGGGUAUUGUAUUAUGUAUUGAGUAAAGAGUUCUACAUCUCUCAUCACUCUUCCAUAAAACCAUGUACCAUUUACAAGAUGCCAUUUUAUGCUUGAUGUGCUACUCAAAUGCAAAAAAAAAGUUCAUUUGCAAAAAAAAAAAUGUGUUUAUAUUAUCAUCAGUCAUCAAUUAAUUAAGAAAUUUAAGACAUAAUUGUAUAUAUUUUGGAAUCAAAAUACUAAUAAGUCCACCUUCAUAAACUACCAAGUAUUAUCUGCUUUAUGGUCAGGAAGGAGCGCACAUUGAGAUUUGUGUUGUACAUUGAGACCUUUAACCAUCUAAACAUCAUUAUGAUUGCUCAUCUGUUAAAUUAUUUUCUAUUAUUUCACAUUCUCCUAUACAAUGUGUUUACUAGAUAACUAUAACUUUAUGUUAUCCUAGAGUUUGCCCAAGCUGUAGACUUGAGGCCUCCUGCAGUCAUUAUGUCCCCACUAACUGGAUGUCCAAACUGAACAGAUAAUGCUUUACUUUAUACAAUAAAUUUUUGCUUUGUAUUUUCCUUUUUCAUUGAGAUGUUUUAUAUAUAUAUAACAUGUUUGUACAUUAUCUGCAUGUACAUACGUUGCGU